GGCCGGAAGUGCCGGCGCUGUGGCUGCGCCGCUCUGCGCUGCGCCGCUCUGCGCUGCGCCUGCCCGCUGGUGGCGCAACGCCGGGGUCGGGACAGGGAUCGGGAGCGAGGCUGCGGCGAGAGACGAGCAGAGGAAUGAUGCUGAGCAGCCUCCUGCCUUCAGCAGGAGAUGGGAACUGCUAUUACAUCCUGACAGAAGACUGCACCUACGGCAGCAAGUACUUCCAGGCUGGCAACAUGUGCUUCUGCAGCGAGAGGAGCUACCUGCGCAACUUCUCCAGCGAGGGGCCCCCGGCCUGCUUCCUGAAGGUCAUCAUGCUGGACGACAGCUCCACCGUCACCGUCAACAUCGAGAUCCUCCAGCCCGUGCGCCAGGAGACCGCAGCCUUCCUCCUGGCCAUCGGCAGCCACACCGAGCGCCUCAACUACUUCCUGGAGAGGCUGAGCCUCGAAGCAGCUCUGCGGGCAGUGCCGGGCCAACAGGUGAUGGUGGAGAUCGACCGGCAGCAUCUCCCUGGUGUCAUCCGCUACGUGGGCAGCACCUGCAGGAACAGCUCGGCUGUGCUGGCGCCCUGCUUCUUCGGGGUGGAGCUACAGGGUGAGGGUGAAAACAAAGGACGUAGCGAUGGCUCCUACCACGGCACCGAGUAUUUCAAGUGCAAGAGGAACUGUGGGGUUUUCCUGCCCUUUAACAGAAUCCAGUUUGGUCCCAUAGUGGAUGAUGACUACAUGAAACAGAAACCAAAACUGGACACAGUGGAGAAUGUUCCUGUGAAAGUGGGAGAUGCAGUUAGCUUCUACGUGGACGAGGUCCUCACCAAGGGAGUAGCCAUGGCAGUUUACAAGGAGGGAGCCCAAUGGUUCGUUAAAGUCUGCCCGGAAGAAGAAGGAACAACAGACAUCUUCCGGGAAAUCCCCAUGGAUUCCAUUGUGAAGGAAAGCUUGCAAAGUUUAUUUUCACCAGUGGUGUCCAACGUGGGCUUGGUACACCCAAACCAAAUGAAACAUGAGAUAAGUGAGAGUGGUGAGGAGUGUCCAAGUUGGAUUUCAUCCUUGGAGGUCAACUCCAUGGUCCAGAUCACCUUGGAUAAGGGAAAUCAGGUUUCCGGAAUCAUCCGCUGGUUGGGCUACCUGCCCCAGAUCAAGCACAAGAUGGCAGGAGUGGAACUGGAUGAAGAUAAGGGGGUGACGGACGGCGAGUGGCUGGGCCAGUACUACUUCCACUGCCCUCCGAAGCGUGGCCUCUUCGUGAAGCUGCAGUCCUGCCAGCCUGACGUCCGCUUCCAGUGGUCGCGCAGCAGCCAGCGGAGCCUGGGGCAUUGUGGAGACCAAGAGGUGCCUCCCCAGGCUCCAGAUAGUUUUCCUCCUCUGAGGGAUGAGGCAGCAGUGCGUGUCCUGAAAGGGCGGAUGAAGGGGAUCCAAGGCCACUGUAAUUCCUGCUACAUGGAUGCAGCUCUCUUCAGCCUCUUCUCUUGUACAUCCGUGGUGGACUCCAUGCUCUUCAGGCCCUUCCCACUGUGUGACCGGAAUGUCCAGAGCAUUCUGCGGGACGAGAUUGUGACCCCGCUCCGGAAGACUGGCUUUGUCCAUGCUGGCAGCGUGAUGCACCUCAGGGAGCAGCUGACAGAGAAGGGGCAGUGUUCCAGCUUCACCAAUGCUGAGAAAGAUCCUGAGGAGUUCCUCACUCUCAUAAUGCACCAGAUCCUAAGAAUAGAACCGCUCUUGAGACUCCAGUCAGGAGGCCAGGAGCAGGACUGUUACUGUUACCAGAUCUUUAUGGACAAACAGGAGGAUUUGGUGGUACCUGAUGUGCAGCAGUUAGUGGAACGUUCCUUCCUAUCCUCCGAGCUGAAGCUAGUGGAGAUCCCUUCUUGCUUCAUUAUCCAGAUGCCACGUUUUGGGAAGGAGUACAAGAUGUUCAGUAAAAUCAUUCCUUCCCUGGAGCUGGACAUCACAGAUCUGCUGCUUGACAGUCCCAGGGAGUGCUGUGUGUGUGGUGACGUUGCCACCCUGGAGUGUUCAGAGUGCUUCAAGGACAAGAUGUUCUCAGCUACAGGCCUGAAGCAGUUCUGCAGCUCCUGCUCCAGACAGGUUCACUCCCACCACCACCGCAGCUCACACAAGCCUACUCGGCUGCACGUCCCAGAGGAGUUCCAGAGCAGGAAGGCCUGUGGCAGCCAGCAGGUCCCCCGCGAGAAGCUGGAGCUCUUCGCCGUGCUCUGCAUCGAGACCAGUCACUACGUCUCCUUCGUGAAGUACGGCCCCGGCAGCCAGCACUGGAUGUUCUUCGACAGCAUGGCUGACAGGCACGGUGGUGAAAAUGGCUUCAACAUUCCCACUGUGACUCUCUGCCCUGAAGUGGCCAAGUACCUGGACUUGCCUCUGGCCGUGCUGGCCCUGGAGCAACCUCGGGACAUGGAUGGAGUGGCCAAGCGCCUCUUCUGUGAUGCCUACAUGUACAUGUACCAGAGCAAGAAGAUGUCCCUUUACAAGUGACACUGCCUGGGUCUGGUGCCACCAAGUAGUGAGAGAUCAAACAGGAGCUUGGAUCAACUCCACAUCUCAUCGGUGGUGAAGGCAGACAAGUUCAGGUGCAUCAAGCUUGGUUCUUCUUACCUCCUCCAGCGUCUGCUAUCAAGUUGCCCACAUCAGCCUGUCUGGAUGUGUUCUUGGUCUUACCAAGUGGUACUUUGUACUUCCAGCAGAUCUGGACUCUCAACUUCAUUCUCAUUCCGUAACUUCCACCCUCCUUCCUCCCCAGGAAUCUCUGUCCUACCUCAGAGUCCUCCUCAACAUCCUUUUCUCCCUGGCAGCUCUUCUCUCCAAAGCCGAGGACCAACAUCUCACCAAAACCAUGUUCAUCCUCCUUGAAUUUCAAAGAGCACAAGGAAACCACCACCUCACCUUAUUAAGACACCCUCACUUGUGGAAUGAGAAAACCAAGACCUUUUGGUGUGGUUAAGAGAUGAGUUGUGGAAUCAUAGUAUUUCAGUUGGAAGAGACCUCCAAGAUCAUCAAGUCCAACCUUCAACCUAAACCCACCAUGGUCAGGGCAAGGAUUUGUCUUGUGGCGUUUAGGACCCAUAUCAAGUUGGGUCCUUGAGCUGUCUCCCCUUCUUCAGCACUUCCUGCCACCCUCUCUCAUUUUUAACCAUGAGGUGAACUGGAGAUCUCUUGAGCUUCAAAGAUGCUUCAAACCCAUGGUUUUUUGGUAGGAACAAAACUGGAAGAUUGAUCAGAGGAACAGCAGAUGGCCUCAUGGUGCCUGCUCUUGUUUGCACUAUUGUUAUGUGAUGAGGUCACUGAACCUCACUUUUAGCACUUCCUGUCCCAUCUUUGAAGGCAUUUUGGAGACCAAAAUCAGACCUUUGAAGGAAAAAGUGUUAAAAAUGAGCACUUUGGGCUUCUCUGCUGUGGCCUGGGGUCUCUGGGUGGGAACUGGUGAAGUCAUCCAGAUGGAGAUUCUCUGCCCUUAACCACAGGCAGUCAUGGAGUUAGAGAAGUCAGUGUGAUGAGUUGCCCACACUCCAUAUUGCACUGAUAUUGCACUUUUAGGGGCACCUCCAGGAGUUCCAAACGUGCAGCCCAAACCAUCUUCUUGCUGUUUCCCCCUCUUUUUGUCACAUGCUUGAACCAUGUGAUGGAUGUGGUGUAGGAUGAUUGUUGGAGGGUUGUGAGACCAGCUGGGAUCUCAGCAGCUCAAUUGUACUAUCAGCUUUCUGGUGUGUCCUUUGGUACAUGGUGGCCACAAAGGCCAGCUGGUGACUGGAAAAUCCAGACUGUUAAGGUUUGAGAGCGCUGCUGUCCAGCUUCCAGCUGGCCUUGGUGAGCAUUUGAGCCUCAACACCAAGUUGUUUUCAUGGUACAGAAGGUGAACAGUGGCCUGGUCAAAGGAGGCCAUCCUUCCUCUCUACUCAGCGUUGGUAAGGCCACACCUUACCAGUACUGGGGUACUGGCCCCAGUUUUGAGCUCUCCACUACAAGAGAGCCCAACAAAGAGCCGUGAAGAUAGUGAAGGGACUGCUAAGAGCUGGAACCCCUGAGCCUUGAAGAAGGCUCAUGGGGGGACCUCAUCAAUGUCUGUAAACACCUGAAGGAAGCGCACAAAGAAGACAUCCAGGACCUUCUCCAUGGUGUCAUGACAGGACCAGAGGCUCUGGGCACAACACAGGAGGUUUCCUCUGACCAUCAGGAUGGACCUCUUUGCUGUGAGGAUGGCAAGCAAUGGCACAGGUUGCCCAGAGAGGUGACAGAGUCUCCAUCCUUGGAAUACUCAAAGUGGUCUUGGACCAAGUCAAAGCACAAGUGGUUGACAAACCUUUCUAGGGGUAGGAGAGAUGGUGGCAGAUCCAGCAAUGGAUCAUCUGAAGGCUGGGUUAACUCUUUUCCUGCUUCUGCACUUACUGACCUCUGGCCGAUCCUCUAUGGCCAUGGAGAGGCCUGGAGGGUGCUGCUGCCUUUCUUUGUCUACCUGAAGUUGUUGUUGUUCCUUCUUCCCUUCUCUCCAAAGAGCUCAGGACAAUGUCCUCAGGUACACCAGGGGUUGGGCUUUUGUAUCUCUGGUACUUCUGCUCUGAAAAUGUUCCCUUGAGUAGUAAACUUCCCAUGGUCA